ACGGCGAUAUUUCCCCCGGUACAUUUCUCGGGAUUUUUCUGUGGCAAGAGUAACGAUCCAGAAACUCAAAAAAGCAUUCAGACCAGGGGACCUUCGGAACUAACUGGACACCGAAGAAUAAAGAAGGAAGGCAACGAAAGCGAUGACCUGGAGAUGCUGGUGAUGCUAUAA